AAUGUCUUCAAGAAUACACCGCAACUUUGCCAUUCUUGCCCAGCGAGAGCAAGUCCGGCUGGAAAACUCGACAGCAUACACUGCCAACCCCAAAGAGGUGCAUCCUUUCUACUCGGUCAAGAACUCGCUCGCCCACAGGCAUGACAACCGCUACUCCAACAUUCUCGCAUACGACAGGACAGCUGUAGUCGUGGACGGCAGCUAUCUCAAUGCAAAUGUGGUAGACGACGGCAAGGGGGGGUUAUGGGUCGCUGCUCAAGUGGGUCUGGAGCUACGGUUACUGCGCACAGCUCACCCAUGGCACAGGCGCCUCCUCCACAAGCAUUUGACUCGUUCUUCAGGGCCCUAUAUACGGGGGCUGCCAUAGGAAAGCAGCCAAAAGAUGCUUUGAUUGUACAGCUCACAGGCUGGGAAGAACGAGGAAUUACCAAGGCGGAUCCGUACCUGGAUCACAAGAUGGACGGUAUCGAACUGCUGAAUACGGGUAGGUACCGCCUGGAGGGGCUCUCCAGCACACUGUCCGAGAUGGUUCUGCAAGGCGAGGACAGAAGCGUCAACUUGCAUCAUUACCAUUUCGAUGCUUGGCCAGACCAUGGUGUGCCGCAAGGGACAGGAGUGCAAGCCCUUCGGGAAUUGGUGCUGGAGAUUGAGGCAAAGAGAAAGGAGCUAGACUGCGAAGUAUGGGUGCACUGUUCUGCUGGCGUCGGGCGUACCGGCACGUUCAUAGCACUGUCGUCACUUCUCACGCCUGGAGUAGCAUUCCACAAGUCUCCUUUAGGCUUGCUCCCUGAGGCGAUACACGAUGACAUGGUGGCGCAGACUGUGGACACGAUCAGAGAAAGUCGGGGAAUGUUGGUGCAGAACCUAGAGCAGUACAAGUUGAUUUAUGAGAUGCAAUGAGCGCUCUCCCAGUCUGUCUAUAGACUCGGCCCGUUG